CCGUUAGAGCCACAUCUUCGCCAGUAUCGUUCCUGAUCGCUUCUGUGGCAGAAAGACGACGCUGAAAAUGUCUCCUAACAUGAACUGUGAAGCCGUCCAGUCCUUUUCUCCGAAGCUAACUGUGGCCAAAAGAAAAGAAGCUCUUGAACUCAGAAAGACUAUGAAACCGCUGAUGGAAAAAAGAAGGCGCGCACGUAUCAACGACAGCCUGAAUCAUUUGAAAAGCCUCAUUCUUCCCCUCACAGGCAGAGAUAAUAAUCGCUAUUCAAAGCUUGAGAAAGCUGACAUCCUGGAAAUGACCGUGAGGUUCCUCAGUGACAUCCCACCCAUUAACACAAAAAACUCCGCGGACAGUUACAGAGAAGGCUACAAAGCCUGCCUCCAGCGCGUCUCCUCUAUGCUUCCCAAAACCAGCCUGGAUCAAGACGCGUGCCAGCGGGUCAACGCUUACGUGCAGCAGUCCAUGUCCUCCACCGUGCCCCCAGCCUGCCUGAACUGCUGCGCACAAAGCUCCAGAACCUUUCCUGAGAUCCAGCAAAGGCUUCAGAGCCUCAAAUCCAGCUUCGGCUCCAGAAUGGAGAGCAAGUCUCGCAUCAUCAAGGCUGAAGAAGGCAACUCGUCGGGCAACGCCCACGGCGGCAGCGUCCUCAAACUGAUUGAGGAGGCUGGAAUCAUCGCCAGCAUGCGGCACUGCAACUCACAAAACAGGGAAAGAUGUUUUCCAGCUCUGGCUCAGAUGGAGAAGGUGGACUUCCUGUCCCCACUGUCUGUCGGUGAGAUCAUCCAUACCACCGCUGAGAUCACUUACGCCUCCAAGCACUCGCUGGAGGUUCAGGUCCAAGUCGUGGCUGAGAAUCCCAUCACAGGUGCCAAAAGGAUGGCCAACAAGGCAUCGCUGUGGUACGUCCCAUGUUCGCUGCAGAAUUUAGGCAAGGUCAUGGAGGUGCCGCCCAUCGAGUAUGUUGCAGAGCAAGAGGCGGAGGGCAGGAGGCGCUACGAAGCCCAGAAGAUGAAGAGACUGGAGGCCAAACCAAGGAUUGAAAAGACGGUGCCAGCUCCAUUCAAUCCAGAACCCUACACGGUUGGCUUUAGCCAGUCCCUUCUGAUCCAAUAUCUGUGCUAUCCAGAAUGCAUAGCGCACGGUUACAUGGAUUCAGGUGUGAUGAUGAGGGCAAUGGAUGAGGUCGCUGGCCUUGUUUUAUAUAACCACUGCCUCAAGAAGGGCAAUCCUGUCACUAUCUCUGUGCGUGACUUCAACUUCAACCAGAAGCUCAAGAGGGGCUCCAUUUUGACUGUGAUGGGCAGGGCCACUUUUACCAGUGCCAGGUCUAUGGAAAUUGAAGUUAUUGCAGAUUCUAUGCCCUUGUCUGAUGGAAUAACCUAUCGCUGCGCCUCAGCUUUCUUCAGCUAUGUCAUAUGGGACAAUGGAUCCGUUCCUCUCCCUCCUCUUAAGAUUGAAGGGGAGGACGAGCAGAGACGUUUUGAGGAGGGAAAGGCGCACUACCUCCAGCAGAAAGCGAUGAGGUCCGCAGAAAAGUGAUGCAGCUGAUGGCCAGCGUGCGAACCACCAAACAUCCAAAACCCGUCCUUCUGUUUUAGAGAUUGUGUUGUGAUUCUGUGUGAUUAUUUCCCCCCGUGCACUAAUAGCUUUCCGUCUAUGCGUAUCAUUUACUUUGGAGGAGCCUCUAUUUAAGUAUGUGUGAAGACUACGUCUGAACAUUGUCGACAGCCUGGUUGUGUGCAGAAGGAUUCUCUUGUUUGCAGAAGAUCUUUAAGCGUGAGGAGCUAACGAUGGCGUCAGAACAAAGUGAUAGUCCAAGCACCAGCACAAUGAUGAAUAAGUGAGUGAAUAAUAAUGAAUAAAAGGCCCGAGCGCGAGUCCGGGCUCUCGUCUCCUGUCCUUGCUAGUUCGACAGUGAUGAUGUCAUUGUCUUGGGCAUGCCUUGGCAGAGAGGGCACGGGCUUUGCCAUCUUUUCAGCACUGUGUCUUUCACAGAGAAAUCAGGGGAGCUCGGGGGGGUUUUGACUCAACUUGCAUCUCUCCCACGUCCCUGCCCCCUCCUUCCUCUCUGCUCUCCCUCUCUGCCUGUCGACUCCAGUGUUCGCUCUGUUUUAUCGUACUCUCCGUUCCCUGCUUGCCAGCAUCUCCUCAUCCGUCUCCAUUGUCUUGCAGUUCACCCUGUCCUGUUCUGUCUUCCGUUCGUCUUGCACGGAUUUCUCUUCCUUUUAGAAACUGUAACUGGAAAAAAAAAAAAAAAGAUUGUCUUGUGCAUGUGCCCCAAGUUUGUCCACGUGUGCGAUGUAAGAUCAGAAAGGGUAUCGGGCCAAUGAGAAAUCGAUGUCCUUACCCAAACCUCUGAUUAUUCACCAUAAAAAAAAUGUUCAAAUAUUUGUUUUGUUUGUUUUGUUUUAUCUGUCUCAGAAUAGAAUCUGAUUUGUCAGGGGAAGUGGGCAGGCUUCAGUCCCGUGCAACAGAUGGCUGAGACUAAUUUGAGAUCAAAACCCAUGUGGGAAAAAAAAAAAAAAAGAUAAAAGCCAAGGGAUCUCAGUGUUGAGCAGAAAGCAACACAGGUCUAAUCCUCAGUAAAAUGCCUUUGUGUUUUGUUGCCUCUCUUCCUCCUCACCCCAUUUCUCUUACACCAAAAGAAGCCGAUUUGUCAUUGGAACUUGAAGGUUAUUGUUUUUCCCUCCGUCCCUCCAGCCAGAACAGUUUGUGUGCUUUUCAUUUCCUUCGUGAAAACAAAGUUAGGCCCGAGCUGCACUGGGGGGAUGUGUCUAUUUUUAACCCCAGCGAAGUGGAGGCAUCUUGCGGGAGAAGGAGAACACAGGGAGGGAAAACACAGCACAGGGACACGGGAUGCAUCUCCAAUGGCAAGACAACACUACUAGGGAAAUAUGACCGGGGUGAAAAGCAUCCGCCUCGUGUGCAACAUCGGCACAAGCGCGUCCGUUCGAUGGUCUCCUUUCUGAAGACAUGCCGUCUCUCAUCAUUCACAACAAUGUUGGUUGCUGUCUUCAGCCAUUUCAGCUGGUAGCAGCUGGCUUUUACACGUAGAGGCACGCUAUGGUAACCAUGGUUACUUAUCUAGAAGAACAGACUUAAAAUGGAAGAGGUGACAUUAUCAGGAAUAGAUG